AUGCGUCUCAAUAUAAGCCCUUCUAUUCUCCUCCUUGGCAUUUGGUCCAUUGGGCAGAUAACCGUCGGCUUGCCAUCCGGGACAUGUCGAUGCAUGCCCGGUGAUAGCUGCUGGCCGUCCUCGGCUGACUGGGCACGCUUCAAUGCAUCCGUCGGAGGACGAUUGGUUGCUACUACACCUUUAGCUCAAGCUUGUCAUGACCCUUUUUACAACAAGGACGAGUGUCAGUAUCUCCAGAAGCAUUGGACACAGCCAGAGCUACACGAUGCCUCAUCAUCCUCCAUCACGGCAGCCGCGGUGGCCAAUGAAACCUGUGAUGCUUUUACUCCUAGAUCAAAACCUUGUACUCCUGGCGAUAUGGUGGCAUAUGCCGUCAAUGCGAGCUCCGCGGACGAUUUCUCGAAAACCAUUCGGUUCUCCCAGGAGCGAAAUAUCCGGCUAGUUAUCCGAAACACGGGCCAUGAUUAUCUUGGGAAAUCUACUGGUGCAGGGGCGUUGUCUAUCUGGACGCACUACCUCAAGGACAUAGAGUUUCUCAAUUAUACCAGUUCAUAUUACAACGGACCGGCUGUAACAAUGGCCGCCGGUGUCCAAGGAGCAGACAUCUAUAAAGCUGCCGAUCAUCGAGGGAUGGUGAUCGUAGGCGGAGAAUGUGCCACCGUCGGCCCUGCAGGCGGCUACACUCAGGGAGGCGGUCAUUCAGCAUUAAGCUCAAUCUUCGGUCUCGGUGCCGAUCAGGUCUUGGAAUGGCAGGUUGUGGAUGGAAUGGGAAGAUUCCUGACCGCUUCACCAACGCAGAACCCGGAUCUGUACUGGGCCCUCAGCGGAGGGGGUGGCGGAACGUACGGCGUCGUCUACUCAAUGACCGUCAAAGCCUUUCCUGAUUUUCCAGUGACGGGCGUCGUCCUCCAGUUUGAUACAAUGAAUACCUCGUCCAAUAACUUCUUCGAGGCAGUUAGCCACUACCAUCGAUAUUUACCCACAUACACGGCGGCAGGCGGGAUGGCUAUUGCCCAGAUUACCCACUCCUCCUUCCUUCUGACGCCUUUGACUUUCCCGAAUAAGACAGCAGAGGAUGCCAAGUCGUUAAUCACCCCAUUCAUCCACGAACUGGAAGCGCUUCGCAUCCCGUAUAAAUUGAAUAUCUCCCAGUCAUCCACCUAUCUCGAGCAUUACAAGAAGCUAAUCGAACCGAACCCAACGCAACUGGUGCAAAAUGCUCAAUAUGGGGGCCGCCUCCUGCCGCUGAGCGUGAUCGAAAACAACAAUACACAGUUAACGGAAGCAGUCAAGAAGAUUACCCAAGACGGUGUGGCAUUUGUCGGAAUUGGUCUGAAUGUUUCGUUCUCGGUUGUAGGUGAUGUCUGGAAUUCUGUUCUCCCCGCUUGGCGAACAGCUGCUCUCAGCGUCAUAUUGUCAACUGAUUGGCCCGCUGGAGCCAACCUAAGCAAAGCGAAGGCUUCCGCUAACAGAAUGACGACGGAAUGGGUACCAAUUCUGACUGCCCUUGCCCCAAACUCGGGUUGUUAUAUGAGCGAGGCAAGUGCUGAUCCCCAACAGCCAGACUGGCCGCAGACUUUCUAUGGGAAAAAUUACGAUGCACUUUAUGCGGCCAAAAAGAAAUAUGACCCAUUCAGCACUUUCUAUGCCUAUACUGCUGUUGGCAGUGAAAACUGGCAAGUCCAGGCAGACGGUCGCCUAUGCCGAGUGAAAAGAACCAAUUGA